AUGACUGAUGCCCAGCAAGGAUCCCAACCCCUUAUAUACCCCAGCCUCAACCCUGCCUCUCAUGACGUCACAACCUUGAGAUGCAUCUCUGACACUAGCAUCUCUGACACUAACAUCUCUAACACUAGCAUCUCUGACACUAACAUCUCUGACACUAACAUCUCUGACACUAGCAUCUCUGACACUAACAUCUCUAACACUAACAUAUCUGACACUAGCAUUUCUGACACUAGCUUCUCUGACACUAACAUCUCUGACACUAACAUCUCUGACACUAGCAUCUCUGACACUAACAUCUCUGACACUAGCAUCUCUGACACUAGCAUCUCUGACACUAACAUCUCUAACACUAGCAUCUCUGACAUUAACAUCUCUGACACUAACAUCUCUGUCACUAGCAUCUCUGACACUAACAUCUCUAACACUAACAUAUCUGACACUAGCAUUUCUGACACUAGCUUCUCUGACACUAACAUCUCUGACACUAACAUCUCUGACACUAGCAUCUCUGACACUAGCAUCUCUGACACUAACAUCUCUGACACUAGCAUCUCUGACACUAGCAUCUCUAACACUAACAUCUCUGACACUAGCAUCUCUGACACUAGCAUCUCUGACACUAGCAUCUCUGACACUAACAUCUCUGACACUAACAUCUCUGACACUAACAUCUCUGACACUUACAUCUCUGACACUAGCAUCUCUAACACUAGCAUCUCUGACACUAGCAUCUCUGACACUAGCAUCUCUGACACUAGCAUCUCUGACACUAGCAUCUCUGACACUAACAUCUCUGACACUAACAUCUCUGACACUAGCAUCUCUGACACUAACAUCUCUGACACUAACAUCUCUGACACUAACAUCUCUGACACUAACAUCUCUGACACUAGCAUCUCUGACACUAGCAUCUCUGACACUAACAUCUCUGACACUAGCAUCUCUGACACUAGCAUCUCUAACACUAACAUCUCUGACACUAGCAUCUCUGACACUAGCAUCUCUGACACUAGCAUCUCUGACACUAACAUCUCUGACACUAACAUCUCUGACACUAACAUCUCUGACACUAACAUCUCUGACACUAACAUCUCUGACACUAACAUCUCUGACACUAGCAUCUCUGACACUAGCAUCUCUGACACUAGCAUCUCUGACACUAGCAUCUCUGACACUAGCAUCUCUGACACUAGCAUCUCUGACACUAACAUCUCUGACACUAACAUCUCUGACACUAACAUCUCUGACACUAACAUCUCUGACACUAACAUCUCUGACACUAACAUCUCUGACACUAACAUCUCUGACACUAACAUCUCUGACUCUAGCAUCUCUGACACUAACAUCUCUGACACUAACAUCUCUGACACUAACAUCUCUGACACUAGCAUCUCUGACACUAACAUCUCUGACACUAACAUCUCUGACACUAACAUCUCUGACACUAGCGCUGUGCCUCCCGCAAUGUGGUCCUCUGGACCCGUCUUUGAGAACCUACAACUUCCUCCACCUUGA